AUGGCGGUUGUUGAUGAACCGGUGAGUGGCUCCCGUCCCCCGCACCGCAGAGGAGGAGGCAGGUCUGACCUGACUGCCAGGAUGCCUGCGUGGACACGGCUCUGGAAGAUACGGGGCAGCCUGGACAACCCAUUGACCUGGAAAGCCCCUGGAGGCGGAGGCCAGCUUCGGGGCUGCUUCCAGGCCACCCUCGACAUGUACGAACAGGAGGGCAGCUGGAACGUGUCGUUCGCGGGCUCGGGCUUCAUGGGGCUCUACCACGUGGGCGUGGUGGCCUGCCUGGGAGAGCGCGCCCCCCACCUGCUGCGCGGGGCCGGCCGCUUCUACGGCUCGUCGUCCGGCACGCUCUGCUGCCUUGCCAUCCUCAGCGGCAAGUCCAUGGACUUCUGCUGUUCCAACCUUCAGGACAUGGUCAAGGACAUCCGGAAGAAAAGCAUCGGCAUCUUUCACCCUUCCUAUGACUGCAUCAGUUUUGUGAAGCAGCGCCUUGAGAAACAUCUUCCUGACAAUAUCCAUGAAGUGGCCUCCCAGAGGAUGGGUGUCUCCCUCACUCAGUGGCCGGAUGGAAAGAAUGUGAUUAUCACCCACUUUGCCACCAGAGAUGAGCUCAUCCAGGCAGUCCUCUGCAGUAUAUAUAUUCCCUUCUACUGUGGUGUCAUCCCUCUGACAUUUCGGGGAGAGCGUUACAUGGAUGGAGCUCUGAGUAACAACGUGCCCUUCACUGAUUCGAAGACGACCAUCACCAUCUCCCCGUUCCACGGGACUUUGGACAUCUGCCCAGAAAGCCCUUCUGCCAGCUUACAUGAGCUGAACCUCUUCAGUGCCAGCUUCCAGAUGUGCACGGACAACUUCCACUUAGGGGUGAUGAGUCUCUUCCCUCCAGAGCCUGAGGUGGUGGCAGAUGUUUGCAGACAAGGCUAUUUAGAUGCUCUGAGGUUCCUGGAAAGACGAGGUAUUACAAAGGAGGCGGUCAUCCCAGGCUUGCUCUGUGGGGCGAAUUCAUUGCCUAGUUCUGUAAUCUGGCCAGGCAGCAGUAAGAAAGGAAGAAAUGGUGGUAGUGAGGAAAAGGGAAAGCCAGGAGGACUACAUAUCAACUGGACGGUGCCCAAUGUGUUGGUCAGAGACAUAGCAAAAUUUGAACUCCUGUCUCCAGAACUUGAAGCAGCCUUGAAGAAGUCAUGUGAAAAACCCAGCGGAUUCUUUGCCCAAUUUUCCCGGUCCAUACCUGGCCAAGUGCUGACCUAUGCACUCCUGCCUUGCAUACUUCCCUUGGAGUACGUGUACUUUAAGACUAAGAGGGUAAUAAACUGGAUUCCAGAGGCCCCAGAAGAUAUCCAGUGGAUGCAUCGCGAACUCAAAAAGUUUGGCAGUUUUGUCUUCUCUGAAGUGAAAGACAGACUUCUGGGGUCAGCUUGGGAACCAAGAAGGGACUUGAAGGUCAGGUUCAUCCAUCCAGAGCCAGAAGGGACCAGGGAUCCCAUCAGUCUUGCCUCUGCCGGAACCCCUCAGAUAACGGAAGACAGCAGAACUGCCUCCAAGUCAGCAGCUGGUACGCCUGCACAAGCCCGAAGAGAGAAGCCUGAGGAGGGCCACUCCACAGGCCUUCCAGCAUCUGAAGGGCUUUCCUCUAGUAGGUUGCAGAGUUCCUCUUCCUCUGGUUCCUCCAGCUCAACACAGCCUCUCCUUCCCCAGCCAGAUCUGUGGAACCCUGACCGCUCCAAGAUAGGCGGGGCUUCUGUCCAGGGAGCUCAGUCCCUCUGCGUGUCUGUCCAUCUGUCCCCCGGAGCAUCCAGACUUCGCUGGGGGAGGAAGCACGGGGAGGGUGGGGGGAGGGGGCCUGGGGACCAGCUGAGCAUCCAGCCAGGGUUCCAUCCAGUGCGGCACGAGGAAAAUCUGGGGCCAGGCACCCAGCACCAAGGACAGCGGCUUCCUCUGGCUCAGUGCAGCAUCCUUCCCUCCAUCCAUCUGCAGGAGGCAGCGGCUGUGACCCCGGGAGAGAGGACCAGGUGCCAGAUACGAAAGACCAAGGACAGCAGCAUCCUCUGGGCCAGCGCAGCAAUCUUCCUUCUAUCCAUCGCAGCUGGAGGACAGAGGAGGAUCAGGAGUUAA